AACUCCAGGACCAGUCUCUGAACUCAUAACCCCUGCUGCAGUCUUUAUCUGCACACUAAAAGACUAAUACUGCACAAAUAGGUACGCGCUAUCAAGGGCCAGAAGGGCCUCGUACGUCGACGGCAAGGUUGGGAGGAGGGAUACCCAUGCUCAUAGCUGCCACACCCAUACCCGGCUCUGGGUGAUUCAGCUCGGUAUGAUUUGCGCUGUGCAGUUUUCCCUAAAGUCCGUGAAAGAAAUUCUGAAGGGGACGAGAAAUAAGUAUAUAUGAAAGAAGUUCCUCUGCUGUUCUAGACGAUCUCAGGUUCAACUCAACAGCCGCAGUUCAUUCACUCGUUUCUUCGCCUCCAUCUCUCUUUUGAAGCUAUUCUAGUUUCAGUACUGUCGUUUACGUCCCCUUACACUCUAUAUAAUACCCUCUUCAAAAAUGCGUUUCUCUGUCCUCGCUACCUGCGCCGGCCUGCUGCAGCUUGCCGCUGCCGCUGUCCCUGUCGGCGUCGCCAUCACCAAGUGCACUGUCGACAGGAACAUCGCCCUCACUUUCGACGAUGGUCCUUUCGCCUACACCAACGAGCUUCUCGACCAGCUUAAGAAAUACGGCUACAAGGCUACCUUCUUCAUGAACGGCGAGAACUGGGCCAACAUCAACGACUACGCUGCUACCGUCAAGCGUGUCGUCGCUGAGGGUCACCAGCUCGGCUCUCACACUUACAGCCAUCCCGACCUUGCUACCAUUAGCAACGCCAAUGUCCGAACCCAGAUGACUCGUCUGGAGGCUGAGUUCCUCAAGAUCGUUGGAAAGUGGCCCACGUACAUGCGACCCCCUUACUUCAGCUACAACGCCAACACCCUCUCCGUCAUGAAGACUCUGGGAUACCACGUCAUCAAUGCUGAUGUCGACUCUCUCGACUGGGAGUACAACACCCCGGCUGAGACCAACACUGCUCUCAACCUCUUCAAGAAGGGUAUCACCAAUGGUGGAUCCAUUGCUCUCUUCCACGAUGUCCACGAGAACACCGUCCGCAACCUCAUCCCCAAGGUCCUUGACGCCGUCAAGCGCAGCACACGCAUUCCUGUUACUGUUGGCCAGUGCCUUGGUGACCCCGCUGCUAACUGGUACAAGACCACCAAGCGCACCAAGCGUGACUUUGAGGAUGAUGAGGAGGUUGAGGAUGAGAAGGCCGUUGAUGAGCGCUCUCUGUCCGAGUACAUUGAGCGAUCUCGUUUCCGCCGUCACGCUCACCACGCUUAAGCGCCUUUUGUCUACCGUUUCUUUGAUGUGACUACGAUUUAUUGGAUACAUCAUUGGAAAGAACUGCACUGCUCAUAUCUCAUUUAAUAUCGCAUAUAGACAAUAGACAUGUCUCUAUAAUAUACGGCCUCACUAUUAA